GAGCGCGACCUACAAAACCAGAGAAAAAGGAGAUCGAUUGUUUUGACACGGCGACAGUCCAAAGGGAAAAAUCUCAACUGUUUAAAGUUCUCGAUGAGAUUAGAUUCGGUUUAAGUUAGGGGUUUUCUCUUUUGGAGGAUCAGGGUUCCUCAGUAUCUGAACAUGGUCGUUCUGCUAUAUUCCAUUUAGCUACCGUGGUUUCAAAGUUCUAGCAGAGCUUGAGUCUGCUGGGGUCUAGGGAGUCUGAAUUAGACUGUGAUCUGGGGUUGCUGUUGAAUUCGUGUACGGAGGUUCUAGUAAGAAAUGGAUAAAUUGAAGUUAGCGGCAUUGGGUGAGCGGUUGAAGAGCAGUGGUGCCCAAAUGGGUAGAUUAGUUAGUGGGAAAAUGAAGGAAAUCCUUCAAUCUCAGACACCUGAGUCGAAGAUGGUCGAAGAAGCUACUUCCGAUAGCUUGGAGGAGCCUAAUUGGGGCUUAAAUUUGAGGAUAUGCGCGAUGCUUAAUAGCGAAGAAUUUAGUGGUAUGGAAGUUGUGAGGGCUAUAAAGAAGAGGAUUGCUAGUAAGAAUACGGUGAGCCAAAGAUUGAGUCUUGAUUUGUUGGAGGCUUGUGCCAUGAACUGUGAGAAAGUUUUCUCAGAAGUGGCGUCGGAGAAGCUGUUGGAUGAGAUUGUUAGGAUGAUUGAUAAUCCGCAGACUCAUCACGCCAAUAGGCAGAGAGCUUUGGGGCUAAUUCAGGCAUGGGGCGAGUCUGAAGAUCUUGCUUAUCUGCCCGUGUUCCACCAGACUUAUAUGAGUUUGAAGACAAGAGGUACUCUACCUUCAGUACAAGGUGAUGCAAAUUUGGCACCUCUAUUUUCUUCCCAGGAGUCAGAUAUUGAUCAGCAAGUGCUGGUACCUCCAGAGGCAUAUCCCAUUCCUGACAUGGAUCCACAUAGCAUAGAUCAUUCUACUAUUGCCUAUCACAGGGGCAGCCUUUCAGUGGAAGAAAAGAAAGAAUUUCUGGUUGUCACCCGGAAUAGUGUUGAACUUCUCUCAAGUAUGUUGAAUUCUAAGGAAGAAAAGAAACCCAGCAAGGAUGAUCUAACAUUGAGCAUGCUGGAGAAGUGCAAGCAUUCGCAGCCUACUUUGCAGUGGAUCAUAGAAAGCACCAAUGAUGAUGACGAUGCAAUGUUCUUUGAGGCUCUAAAUCUUCAUGAUGAGCUCCAACAGGCCAUUUCAAAAUACGAGGAGAUGGAGUCUACAGCGCAGCCUGAAGAGCAACCACCCGAACAUUCUGAUGCUGAUGGCAAAUGCUUGCUUGAACAGGAAAUGGAGCCUGCAGCAGUGCUAGAAAGGAUACUACCUGAAAAUUCUGAUGCUUCUGGCAGAAGUUCACUAACACAGGUUGAAAACGAGAAAAUGGCUUCAAAUCUGCAUUCCCCAAAGGAAGGAGUGAGCAGUGAAAUCAUCAAUAACAAGAAAACGUUGGAUGGAGGGAAAUUGGUAUUAGAAUAAUAGUUUGGAGGAAGUUGUUAUUAUGCUUUUCCCAUGUAUAUAGGGAGUUUAAUGAUAUGGACAAGGAUAACACUAUCAGCUGCUGAACAUUUCUUGUUGAUACUGUUACGGUUACUCGUAUCUAUUAUAUUUCUGCCUUGAUAAAUUCUGUGAUUUUUCUACCAGA